AUGCCUAGCCUCUACCUCAACCCCGCCAUCCUUUCUUUCCCACCGCGCCGUCCUCUCUCCCUCCCACCCACCGUCGCCUCCCACCCGCCAUCGCCUCUCCUUCCUACCCGCCGUCGCCUCUCCCUCCUCCCCGCCGUCGCCUCUCCCUCCUCCCCGCCGUCGCGUAUCCCUCCUCCCCGCCGCCGCCUCUCCCUCCUCCCCGCCGCCGCCUCUCCCUCCUCCCCGCCGUCGCCUCUCCCUCGUCCCCGCCGUCGCCUCUCCCUCCUCCCCGCCGUCGCCUCUCCCUCCUCCCCGCCGUCGCCUCUCCCUCCUCCCCGCCGUCGCCUCUCCCUCCUUCCCGCCGUCGCCUCUCCCUCCUCCCCGCCGUCGCCUCUCCCUCGUCCCCGCCGUCGCCUCUCCCUCGUCCCCGCCGUCGCCUCUCCCUCCUCCCCGCCGUCGCCUCUCCCUCCUCCCCGCCGUCGCCUCUCCCUCCUCCCCGCCGUCGCCUCUCCCUCGUCCCCGCCGCCGCCUCUCCCUCCUCCCCGCCGUCGCCUCUCCCUCCUCCCCGCCGUCGCCUCUCCCUCCUCCCCGCUCUCGCCUCCGGCGAUAGGCCGUGUGAGAGGCCGCGUGAGAGGGCAUGUGAGAGGGCAUGUGAGAGAGCGCGUGAGAGAGCGCGUCAGAGUGCGCAUGAGAGUGCGCGUGAGAGAGCGCGUGAGAGUGCGCGUGAGAAAGCGCGUGAGGGAGCGCGUGAGGGUGCGUGUGCGAGAGAUCGUGAGAGUGCGCACGUGA